AUGAGAUACUUAAUUGCAUUUUUAGUAUGCUUGGUAGCGAUUGCAUCGGUCGAUGCCAUUCGUAUCCAAAACAACAGUGGAUUCCACCGUGCUCGUGACUUUGAGGGUGAAUUCCGUCAAUGGAUGACCAAACACGAGAAAUCUUAUGCUGAUGACUCUGAGUAUUAUCUCCGUCUCUCCCACUACAUCAAGAACUUGAGAACCGUUGCCGACUACAACAAGAAGCACGCUGGUAUGGCCAAAUUUGCUCCAAACAAAUUCUCUGAUCUCUCCAUUGAAGAGUUCCGUGCUGGUUAUCUUAACUAUGUUCCAAACAAACUCAUCAAGGAUCGCUCCACCAAACAAAACUUUGACUAUCCAGCAAACAUCCCAGUUUCACUCGAUUGGAGACAAAAGGGAUUCGUUACUCCAGUAAAGAACCAAGAACAAUGUGGAUCAUGUUGGGCUUUUUCUGCUGGUGAACAAAUCGAAACUGCUUACAUUAUGGCUGGUAAUGCUGCCCAAAAUGUUUCUGAACAACAAAUUGUUGAUUGUGAUCCAUACGAUGGUGGUUGUGGUGGUGGAGAUCCAAUGACUGCUUAUCAAUAUGUCCAAUCUGCUGGUGGUAUCACUACCAAUACCGACUACCCAUACACUGCCACCGAUGGUACCUGUUAUGCUCAAAACACACCAAAAUUCACUCAAAUCGCUUCCUACGGUUACGCCUCUAACAAGGGUAACGAAACUGAAUUGAAGCAAGCCAUUGCUGCACGUGGACCAUUGUCAAUUUGUGUCGACGCCGAAACCUGGAUGAACUACCAAUCUGGUGUUUUGAACUCUAAUUGCCCAGAUGAAUUGGAUCAUUGUGUUCAAAUUGUAGGAUAUGACGUUGAACAGUCAACUAACACUCCAUAUUACAUCGUCCGUAAUUCCUGGGGAACCGACUGGGGUAUGGAGGGUUACAUAUUAGUAGGAGAGGGUCAAAACUUGUGUGGCAUUACGGAUGAGGUGACCUAUGUGGAAGUAGAAGCAGUACCAACCUUCUAA